AUGGCAAGUGCCAACAAAUCUGUCAUCUUAUACGACAAGAAGGGAGCCAUAGUGGACGUCUUGGAUGUUACCGGAGAGCUGCCACUUUGUCUUGUAUGGUCGUCUGUUUCGUCACUGCUGGUGAUCGGAAAUAAUAAUGGGAAUUUAUUUAUUUACAACCAUCAGUUGUCGAGGAAAAUCCCUGUUCUUGGCAAACAUCAGAGGAAAGUGACGGGAGUAGUGAUGACUAAACAGGAUAAGAUACUCUGUUGUAGUGAUGAUAGUACAAUUACUGUUUCUUCUUCUGAUGGUGAAACAAUCAAAACGUUAUCGUUGGCAAAUGAGCCCGUUGGCGAAAUAAAGCGGCCUGGAGGGAACGUGGACGUUAUUCUUCUCCUGGGGAGGAGUACGAGAAUUUUGUGGUCAGCAAAUCUUGGCCCUGGUUGGUUAACGUUAACGUUAACGGAAGAAAUGUUUCGCUAUUUGCUUCUUGCAGUUCUUUUCCAGAAUUUAUUUCUAUGGACUUCCGGAAAAGAUAAUGACGACGAAGAUGAACCACAAAUCACUGUAAGCUUCAAUUCUCUGGAAGCACAUCCAGAUUUACGAAGAGCAUUCAUAAACUUCUUGCUUCUGUCCGCAAAAGGUGUCUACCAUAUUCGGGACGCUUUUGUCGUUUGCAAUGAGAAAGAAGUAAACAUGAAUAUUUGUCUGAACGAUUCUUGCCCCGAAAUAACUAGUGACAUGCCUGUUGAAGAUGAGGAGGAAGAUCCUCCUAGACUGACUCAUGACAUCCUUGUAUCCCGUACGUCGGUCCGGCCAAAAGCCUGCAACCAAGUGACUGGGAGGUGCAAGGGAGGCGGUUUGGAGUCGCCUCCAACAAAUAAGCUCCACAUGUCCGCUCCGGGAGAACCGAAGUUCUCCCAAAUACUCAUGGGACUAGAGGCUUGCAACCUACCCAUGGGUUUCAAAUUUUAUGCAAAACACAGUAAUAGAAAAGAGUCUCCUGAUUCCGGAGGAAAGCUUGGUACGGUAGCGCCAGGUAGGAUGGGAUUGCAGGAGUCAUAUAGGUUACCGAAACGGAAAACGACUACGAUGGCGAUCUGUACUUCUAACGUACGUACGCUUGCAUCGGAAGCGGCUAUCGAAGAUAUGAUGAUGCAAGCCAAGAAGAUCAAGUAG